CAGAGAUGAAGGUACACAUGCACACAAAAUUUUGCAUCAUUUGUUUGCUGACAUUUAUCUUUCAUCAGUGCAAUCAUUGCCAUGGAGAUGGACAUAACAAUGGUCCUAAAAAGGAUCGUGGACACUACCAUAAUGACUAUCAGAUCUCAAAUGAAUCGUACUUCCAGAGUGGAGGAACAGAAUCUAUGCCGAGUAAAUUUUCAACGUUGGAAGCUGAAAAUGAACAAAAAUACUACAUUGAAAAGAUUUUUGAUCGUUACGGUGAAAAUGGAAGAUUAUCUUUUUUUGGCCUGGAAAAACUGUUAAUAAGCCUUGGGUUAGGAGAGGUAAAAGUAGUGAUGAUAAAUCAUGAUGAUAUUGGCCAUGAUCAUGUUUCUCACUUAUAUGCUUUAGAAGUACAGGAAGGAAAGCAUUUUCACUCUCAUAACCAUCCUCACAGCCACUCAGAUUCAGAAAACCAAACUGUGAUUGGUAUGUCUGCAAAGAGAAAUCAUAAAUGUGACCCAGAGAGAGACACAGUAGUGCCAUCAGUAAAAGAUGAUGGCAAACACAUUCAUGACCAAAGUCACCGUCACCACCACCACCACUCUCGGCCACAUCGCCAUGACCAUAAUGGCACCCAUCACUCUCGUAAUGAUUCAGUCAGUCAUCGUGAGCACGGGGAACAGAACCAUGAACCUUCAACAGAGACAAACACAACUCAGGAUCAACCAGAAAGAAAACAACGGAAACAGAAGAAGAAGCAAAAGAAGAUCAGCGAGACUUCAGGAGAUGCUACCUGGGAUUAUGCCCCAGAUCAUGAUCCCGGUGAUCAGUAUGAGCACAAUCGUGUUCAUAAACAUGAUCAUGUACAUGAUGCAUCUCACUUGCAUGUGCACCAUCAUGACCACAGCAGUGAUCGUUCUAGUAGUCAUGGACAUCAAGAUGCCAGUUUAGGUAAUGACGAUGGACACCGAAACACCAGCAAGCGAGAGGCACCUCGCAAGCAGAUCAGUGUGAGGAAACGCGCCCUUGUUUCAGUGCGUAGUCACAAGGAUCGUGAAGAGUGCUUAAAUGCUACCCAGCUGCUACGGUACUAUGGUCUGGAAACCAGCUCUCUAAUAUCUCCUGAAUUGUUCGUGUACAUAUGCCCUGCUUUGCUAUACCAGAUUGAGAGAAGGCUUUGUAUUGUACAUUAUGAUGAGUUUGAAGAUAUUAUGAAAAGUAAAAAUGCGUCAAUUGACAAUAAAGAUAAAACAGGUGCAUCAGCCUGGUUUUGUGGUAUCAUCUCUAUCACCGUCAUUAGCCUGCUUUCCUUGCUAGGGGUGAUCCUGGUUCCCAUCAUUAACCAAUGGUGCUUCAAAUUUCUUCUAACUUUCUUGGUAGCUCUGGCAGUAGGAACAAUGAGUGGAGAUGCACUGCUCCAUCUAUUACCACAUUCACAUGGAGGCCACAACCACAGUCACCACCAUGGCCAAGGUCAUGUUCAUGAACACAAGCGUUCCCAUCGACAUGCCCACGGACAUGCAGUGCGGACUGAAGGCUUCCUAGAAGAAAAUGAUCCAGUGCUGAAAGGUCUUGUGGCACUUGGAGGCAUUUAUGUUUUGUUCAUCAUUGAACAUUGUAUAAGAAUGUACAAACAUUACAAUAAACAAAAGAGUAAGCAGAAAUGGUGCAAAAAAAACCAGGCUGAAGAAUCACCAAUUGGAAGGAAACUUUCUGAUCACAAAUUAAAUAAUAGACCAGAUGCUGACUGGCUUCAGCUGAAACCCCUUGCAGGAGCAGAUGACUCGGUUUUGUCUGAAGAUCGACUGAAUGAAACUGAACUAACUGAUCUGGAUGGCCAGUUGGAAUCCCCUCCCAAAAACUUCUUGUCUGUGGAAGAGGACAACAACAUGCGCCACUCUCACAACGACGUCUCACAUGCUGCUCAAGAGCAUGAUCUUCAUGACUCAGAGUAUGACAGCCAUGGAGAAGAUAAAAUGAUAGCUAGAAAACACAGUCACCACUGGCAUCACAAACAUUCCCAUCAUUCCCAUGGCCACUGUCAUUCUGGAAAAGACCUGAAAGAUACUGGGAUAGCUAAUAUUGCUUGGAUGGUAAUUAUGGGAGAUGGCAUUCACAACUUUAGUGAUGGCUUAGCAAUCGGAGCAGCUUUUAGUGCUGGACUGACAGGAGGAAUUAGUACAUCUAUAGCAGUAUUUUGUCAUGAGCUUCCCCAUGAAUUAGGUGACUUUGCUGUGCUCCUCAAAGCAGGUAUGACAGUAAAGCAGGCCAUUGUGUACAACCUGCUGUCAGCCAUGAUGGCGUACAUCGGGAUGCUGAUCGGCACGGCCGUGGGGCAGUACGCCAACAACAUCACCCUCUGGAUCUUCGCCGUCACCGCCGGCAUGUUCCUCUAUGUGGCCUUGGUGGACAUGCUUCCAGAAAUGCUUCAUGGAGAUGGAGAUAAUGAAGAGCAUGGCUACUGUCCCGUGGGGCAGUUCGUUCUUCAGAAUCUAGGCCUGCUUCUUGGAUUUGCCAUCAUGCUGGUGAUUGCCCUCUAUGAAGACAAAAUUGUGCUUGACAUCCAGUUUUGACCUAAUUCUGGUAAUCACUGUGGUUACAAUAAUGUUGCUGUAUGGCUUUGAGUCUGCACUGUUUCACUGUAUGCACGUUGCUCGGAGGAAACGCGGUGGCUUGCACUACUUACACAAGUACAGGACAUUCAUUUCUGCCUAGAUUAACUAAUGCUUUUUUUCUAAUUCAGAUCAGAUCAGGUCACCCAAUGCAACUUCUACACUCGAGUGAUCAACACUUAGGAAACACAAAAUAUGAGAAAUAAAGGCCAAGUUCAGUGUACUGUAUAGGGAGCACUGCUUGCUUAAGAAAGAAAAAGUACAGUGAAUGAUCUUCUUAUUUGGGAAAAUACCAUUUCAUUGGUACACUUGGACAGAACCAAGAAGAUGUUACAGUUAAAACUCAAACCUCUGCAAGGAACCCGAGCAAGCUUUUAGUGCCAUAUAAGUCCUGAGUAGUGCAUAUAUGUAUCUAUAUAUGUAUAGAUCUAUGUAGAUAUAUACAGAUAUGCAUACAUAUAUAUGUGUGUGUGCGUGUAUGUAUAUAUAUAUUAAUUCUGCGCUGAUUUUUCUGCAUAGUGGUGACUUGAAAUAUUAAAUCUUACAGCAGGACAUGACUGGAAACCACUAUGCCAGUUUAAAUUUUUAAAAAGAAACCCAAAGCCUAAACACUGUUUAAAUUCUUACAAGACAUGUUAAGCUCACUCCAUCAUUUCAAUCCUCCUGUGUAAGAAGGCAGGCUGUUGCCAUGUACUCUGCAAAGUGUGACUUCUGUCGAGGGUCAGUUUGAUGAUGUUUUUCCCAACUAAGAUUUAUUUGAUGUUUGUUCCUUGAUAUUAGUAGGAAAAUGCAAAAUGCAGUAGAAUUAGUGUUAGCUUGGGGAAAUCCCUGACGUUGGAGUUAUUGAGCUAUUUUUGGUUUUUUCUUACAGACGCUAAACAUUUAUUGUGUGCCACUUGCAGCAUAAACUACUGAAGAAUUGUGGCUGUGAAUUUGUGCAAACUCUUUUAACAAAGAACCCAUACAGGAAUUUCUCCAUUUUUUAAAAACAAUUAUUUUGAACUGUUUUCUUCUCUUCAUGUUAAAACAAUCCAAAGUUCAAGAUGCUAGUUGCUGAACCUGGGCACAAAGGUUAAAUUAUGCUCUGUGUAUGUUGUAAUGGUAGGUUAUUUACAAUACUGUAAUAGCAGAUCAAAUGUGUUUCUACAAUGCCUUGUUAUCAGACAUUGCAACACCAGCCAUUUCUGGCAGUAGAGAGUAUGUAAGAAGAUUUCUACUUCCAGUAUAAAGGAGUUCAUUUCUAAGAUAUUUUUUUACAAUUUUGGUAUUUAAAUUAGAUUAUUAAAAAGCAGAUGUGGUAGAGCAAUGGUAUGUGUCAUUCGGAAGAAUAGACUGAAACUUUGGGCCUUAACUUGCUGGGACCAGCUGUCCUAGAUCAGAUUGUGCUGAUAUGCGUAUAUUGCCAGACAUGAGUUAGUUCUUCUUGUACCCAUCUCCUUAAAAAAAAAAUUGUGAGUUUGUGAGGAGUGCAAGUUGAUUCUGUAGUACCAAUCCUAAGCAUGGUAGUAGCUUUUUUUAAAACAUGCAGUUCGUCUAUUUUAUGUGUAUGCCAGGUAAAAGCUGUAUUUUGACUAUGUGCCGUAAGUUUUGUUUCAGUCUGCUUGGUGCCAGUGUAGCUGCUAAGAACACUGAUCCUAACGCCUUUAAUGAGAGCCAGUUGGUAUCUUCAUUCCAUUUCAAGUUAAUGUGUUUCCUGUGGCCCUUUACUUUUGAAACUCUAUUGGUCAGGUCAGCUUUUACUGAGAGCAGCUCAUGUAUUUUAAAGUAAUCGGUCGGUCGCCAGUAUUUCUUCCUAAUUCAGUAUCAGGAAACAGUAUUAAGGGUCCAUUUCAAAGAAGGGUGCAGUUUCUUCAGUGAAGAAGC